AUGACUUGGUCAAGCCUUCACGUUUUGGCCCUAUUCCUCGCCGCCCUUGAGCCUGCUUCAGCAGCCUGCGACCGAGCCACCCUGAAAAAUGUCACCGACACCUAUAUAGCCGCGCAAACAGCCGGUUCCCUCACCCCAUUAGCUGGCCUUCUCAACGGGACGACCUACCACGAAAACUACAAGACCGCCACCAUUUCAAGCGGAAUCCUCAGCCAAGCCCUGAAAAUUGACCAUAACCGUACCACGCUCGACACGACCCAGUGUGCCUCAUUCGCCGAGCUGAUUGUCGCCAACUCAGCCCACCCAUAUGUCAUUGGCACCCAGUUGUACCUUUCCAACAGCACCACAGAGCCGCAAACCAUCUCCAAGAUCGACACCAUCGUGACGGACCAGGGCGACUGGCUUUUCAACGCCACGGGCACCCUGUACUGGGCAUCUCGGGAGAAUUGGGGCAGCAUUGCGACUGCGAGCCGCGAUACCAGGAAGACCAUCCAAGCAGCCGCCGAUGCAUACCUAGACUACUUCAAAGACAAGAGCGUGGUAGUUCCGUGGGGGACACCUUGUGCUAGGCUGGAGGGCGGCUCGUACACCGGAAAAGGGGCUGCGACGGACUCUUGUAAUGUCGGCGUGCCAAGCGGGGUCAGUCUGACUGACAGAAGAUAUAUCAUUGACGAGGAAGUUGGAGAGGUUGAUGUCUUCUUGAGUUUUGAGGGAGCGCCCGACACUCACGACUUUAGGAUCGAGGGUGGGAAGAUCAGAUAUGUGCACACUAUGACUGUGAUGUGA